AUGGAUAUCGAAAUGGCAGACGGCACACGCUCAGCUCAGCGGGGCCAAGUGGGAGUCCGUCCGAUGGGUUCACGCCCUAACACUCCAGUCGAAGGAGCGGGAAAAUCAGCAUCGCACCCAGCGGAAGUCCAGGUAGAUUGCGUGGAGACCUUCGUAGCAUUGCAUAUGCGCUCUCAUGAAGUGUCUCAAAUGCGUGCGCUUUUCGGCCAGGCACGCAUGCCCAAGCUGACGACCAUCCUCGUCGACUACAAGCCUGAGGACGACACCGCGUCCGGGGCUGCCGGGGCCACACCAAUGGUUUUGGACAUCGCGCUCGAUCGGUUCCCCGCUCUUGAAUACAUCGCCUUGACGGAUGCUGCGGCCGCCUUGACACCCUCUCUGGCCUCUCCACUACGCUAUUUGACAAUGGGUAAUGAUGGGUCCACGGGAUCACAGCUUAGACUUCCGCUUGCGCCCUUCCUCGAUUGCCUGGCGAGUUUUUCCCGCCUGGAAAUACUCAGAAUCCGAGAAUGCUUCGCAGCGCCUACCCCCCCGCCGCUUGGUGGGCCCGGCGCGCGUCCAGUUCAACUCCCUCUGAAGGACGUCGUGAUCGCGGACUACCCCUCCAAUAUCGGCCGAAUUAUAUCCAGGCUCUCCAUCCUCUCCUCUGCUAAAAUCUACCUCAGGGGAGAAGUGCGCGGCGCAUCCCUCCAGCAGUACUGCUCGGCGUUCAUGGCGAUGCUCCCCCGCGACAUCAAGACUUGUCUGCCGGCUCUGUGCUCGGUCGCGAAUAUCGAGGUGCUGUGUAACAGCCAGGAGUGCUACAUCCUCGGCGCACCGGAUGUCAGUAACCAGUCCGACGAUGACCACCAAAUUACCCUCCAGCUCUCUACCGACCUCCUACGCGAUAACGACGAGGACGACGCCGCAGCACAGGCGGCGCGGGGUGCGCUCCUCCACACAAUGCUCCAAAACAUCGUAUCCAUCUUCCCUGGCACCCCUGCCGCCUCCCGCCUCAAAGUCUUUGGCCCCGUCGACUACAUCCCCCUGGGGGUCUGGCACUCCGUCCUCAGGCAAUUUCCCUCUCUUCAGCGUCUCAUGGUAGACGACGCCACGCUCCGCCACUUCCCGUACGGGCUGCUCUCCGCGCUUAGCUCCCCGCUUCCGCCGACCAACCAGACCGUCAUAUGCCCCAAGCUCGCGGAACUCGAGAUCUACGGGGACUGUGGGGAGGACGAAGGCGGGGAAGAGGGCGACCCGCUCCGCGCCCUCUUCGAGUGCCUGCAAUGGCGCCAGACGCACAGUGGCGGCGGCAUACUGCGCAAGUUGGACGUACUGCUGUUCAGCGACGCGAUGUUGGAGGACGAGCGUUUCGAGCGUUACCGGGCCCGGCUCGCGCCCCUUGCGCUAGACUGCGAGGUGGCCUACCAACAUGUGGAUAUGUGGUGCGGGUUCGCGGGGGCGAGGUGGCGCGACCACCGGUUCGUCGACGCCUGCGAGUGGCCCGUCUUCCGCGAACCAGUCAACCUCAGUGAACCACUUCUCGCCGCCGCCAGCCUUCCCUCCUCGUUCCAUCCCAGCACUCAUCUUCGUCUGAGCACGUGCCACACCAAGAUCGCCCUGAGCAUGCGCGAACCCAGGAGAAACAGGCCCAUCCACGACAAACACGCCCUCAGAUUCCGAGCCAACCAGGUGCGGCGACACUUGCAUAUGCGCCAGCUGCGUCACGGGCGCGAGAUCGCGCUCUUGAAGCUCGCCCCCGUCGUCGCAAAGCUCGACCCCGUGUUGCUCCUCGUAAACGACACCCCAGCACGCCCAAGAGAUCCGAGCGACCCCAGCGAGCCAAGCGACAAGUGCGGUGCAGGCGGGCUCAGCUCGGAAAACGUUGUGGCGCCCGCGUCGUCCGAGAAUGACUGCGCGGGCGAGACGAACGCGCUGCCAGUAGUGCCCGGGGUCGAGAACCCGAGCGAGGGCGUUCCGACCGGCGACGGGCAUCCAAGGGCCCCAGUGCUGGUCGCCGUUAUGAUACUGACCCCAACACUGCGCGCCCAGGCGACAGGGGCGUCCCCGCUAGCGAGCGUGGACGUGCUGGAGUUGGUCGAGGUCGUACGAGCAGGAGCUAGAGGACGCAUAGAAGGAUACCGCAACAAGGCUGGAUUGGGCAGCUUAGCGAGCGACUGCGUGCGGCUAGCAGCCAUGGUCAUCCUGGAGACCAUCGCACCAUUCUCGUGCAGCCGAGCGUCGAUCUGA